AUGCCGAGAAAGUCUAAAACGCCAACGCCCGAGUCGACGGCGCUGAAUCGCGAAAGCCAGCGACGUUCAAGAGCGCGACGCAGAGAGCUCAUCGAUGACCUGUCGCGACAGAUUGAGGAGUACAAGCACCGCGGCAUCGAAGCGACCUUGCAGAUGCAGUCCGCGGCACGAGUCGUGCUGGCCGAGAAUCAACGGCUACGGGCACUGCUUCACCGGCACGGCAUUUCACCCGAUGACGGCGUAUCCAUGGCCAUGACGAAGCUGAAGGCCAGUGGCUAG